AUGGGGUCGCUCGCUGGCGUGUCCACCUCGCCGACCGAUGCCACGACCAGCGCCACCGACGACACCACCAGUCCGCCCGAACUCAACGACACUGACUACUACAACCAUGUUCUCCACCUUCCCGGUCCCGAGGCUCAAACCGCCCUCCAAAGGGAUCUGCUCGCUAAAGCAGCCUCGCUGGGCAUCAAACUUCCAGAGCACAUGCUGUCAACUGAUCAGAAGCGCAACACCUCUAGCGCCGAGUCGCAAGGCUCGACCAUCGCUACCUACCAUGCGCGCACCUUCUCCUCCACCUCGUCCGCUUCCGCGAGCACGGCACUAACCUCGCGCUCUCUCCUUGUUGACAACAACGAUUCCGAGGCAUCGUUGAAAGUCGGUUCUGCAAAGCGAGCCAAGAACACGAGCUUUACCUACUACGAUCGAUACCUCACACAAAUCGACCCCAAUCUCGACCAGCCCAAAUUUCUGAAAUCACAUUCAGUUGAGCUGCCCGACAACUCGGCACAGAGCUUAUUUAGUGUCAGCACGCGGAGAAGCUUUAUCAACAUAAAGGAUGGCUUGCGGAGGAUACGACGCAAAAAGAAGGCUGCAAGCGGCCUGGACCGUCCCAUUGCGUGUAUUUGCUGUCGCGACGACUUCGAUAAGUCCUCGUCGUCAUACGGCCUCCCCUGUGGUCACGCGUAUUGCGGUCAAUGCUUGAGGGUCGUGGUGCAACAAGCUGCGACAGACGAGUCCAAAUUCCCACCCAGGUGUUGCACGCAGCCAAUACCAAGCUCUAUCCUCAAAGACCUCCUUACACCCGAGGAACGGCAUCUUUUUCUCAAGGCAGUCCGACAGUUCAUUACUCCAUGGGAUGCAAGGAUAUUCUGUCCGAAUACUGCCUGCAGCGAGUUUAUCCCCCCACGCAGCAAACUUGACCCCAAGCAUCCAUUCGAUGUAGAGUGUAGGAAUUGCGACACGAGAGUAUGCAUCAUGUGCAAGCGGAACGCCCACCCCAUUGGGAAGGAAUGCCCCGAAGAUUGGGAACUGAACGAAGUGCUCAAAAUGGGCGAGAAAUCCGGAUGGAGGAGGUGCUACAAGUGUCGCGCUCUGGUAGAACUGGCGCAAGGCUGCACGCACAUGACCUGCCGUUGCAAAGCCCAGUUCUGUUAUAUUUGUGGUGCCAUAUGGAACCUGACCGUUGGCUGUCCCAACUUUUGCGAUGGGACAGAAGAGCUGGAAAGGAGACAAAUCGAGGAGCAAGCCCGGACUCAGAGCGAGAACAGUGUCAAAAUCAGACUGAAGCACAUGGAGGCAUACUGCGAAGGCCUAGGCCAUGGUCUCGACUCAGAGCUCCCCAAGCGCGUCGUGACGGAACGCGACCUGCAGGAGCUUGGUCAGCAGUACAAUUUACGAGAUGGCAUGGCGCGGCUGCACCAGUCUAAGAUCAAUGUCUUGCGCGACCGGCAGGCCAAGCGCAUGGAAGAGCUGCUCGAACGACAGGCAAACGAGCUGGAGAAGCUGGCGGACCGGAAGGAGCAGGAACUCGAGGCUCUCGCAAGCGACUUUGCUCAAGAAGAAGACGAGCUCGCCCAGGUCUUCAGUGAACGCAAGCGCAUGAUGCUUCGUGUUUGGUCUCUGCGCCUCGAGGUUCUGAGAAACGAGCUCGAAGACAAAGACGGCCUUGCCUAUGUUGCUGUUGGGUUUCCGCCUUGGAACGGCGACUACAGCAUUCGGGACGACGCAGCGCACCUAGUGGCAAUCGCCGCUUCUUGUUCUUGA